GAACAAUAAAGAUUUAUUUAAUAAAAAAAUAAGUAUAGUGUAAUACAUCAGUUGGUAACAUAGACGUUUAUUUUUAUUAUCAAGUACUAUGUACUGUACAUAGUCAUAUGUGCUGUACUUUUAUACACCUGGAAAAGCAGAUUUGUUUACACCAGCAUUGCCACAAACGUAAAUAAAUUAUGUCACGCCGUCACUAUGUGAUAGGAAUUUUUUAGCUUCCUUAUCAUGUAGAUCACCAUCGAACAUGCGGUCCAUUCAUCAUUUUUAGAGAGAGUGGAAGGGUGGAGAGACAGAAGGAAACAUUGAUGUGAAAGAGACAUAUGGAUUGGUUGCCACCUGGGGCCGGGGAGUGAGCCUGCAACCGAGGUUUGUGACCUGGAUGGAAUCGAACCUGGGACCCUUUAGUCCAUGGGCCAUGCUCUUAACUACUAAGGCUAGGGCUAGCACUGAACUAUUAAGAAUUAAGAGUUUUUAGCCUCCCACAUUUGUCUUUAAUUUUAAAAUUGAAAUCUUAAAUUUGCUUUUGAUCAACAAAUUCUGAAAAUAAGGGGAAAUACGACCCGAAAAGGUAAAAACUUAGAAUUAAGUGAUUCAAAAUAGUAUUUCUGCUUCCUGGGGGCUGAACUCUAAGUACAAUGGAACAGAAUUCAGAACCCCAGGGCAGAGCCGGGGUGCGGAGCGGUGAUGUCACAGCCCGCAGCGCGGAAGUUGGAGCUGGACCAUGGCUGGGCCUCUGAAGUGAGCUCUCCAGUCUCGGACCGCACUCCGCACAGGAUGAAGCGAUAGCUCCCUUCUUCUCCAGUGGCAGGCUCGACCCUUUCGCGGCCUUUGACUGAGUAAGGGCCAGUGUGGUACCAAGUGACGUGUUUGAUAAAAUGACCUGUUUCCUAAGGUCUUUAAGUAAUUUUUUUUCUAGUUGGCGUUCCUCCCUACCCGAGGGUGUAAGUGUUCUAAGGAUGCUUGGCACUCAUGUUGUUUUAAACAUAUUUUAUUGAUUUCUGAGACGAAGGGAGAGGGAGAGGGAGAAACAUCAAUGAUGAGAGAAUCAUCCAUCGGCUGCCCCCUACUGGGAAUUGAGCCCGCUUCCCAGGCAUGGGCCCUGACCUGGAAUCGAAUCAUCGAACCAUUCAACGGAUGACCCUCAACAACUGAGCCACACCGGUCGGGCAGCGUCAUAUUGUUUAUUCUUUCUUCCUGGGCCAUGGUUCUCAUUUCAGUUACAUUACACAAAUUGAUUAUUCCAACCGAAUUGAAUUUCCUGGGAAGAUUUGGGAGGAAAAAUGGCAGAAAGGCCCAUGGUCUCCUAGUGACAGGGUGGUCUAGUGACAAGGGCUCCUAGAGUCUCCUUAAACCAGAAGGUGGCAUGACAGUUGUCAGAGGACAAUGAAAGGCCUUUCUUCCUGAAAACAGCACUGCAAGUGGGUGUGCUCAUGCUUAGUGCUGUCAAGCAUGGCGUUCGGAAAGAGCCGUUCCCUUAGUUCUGUUGUGAGAAUAGUUUUAAGUUUGAUGAGCAGCAAGGGUCAGUCCUGACUCCAUCAGCGAGUAGAGUUCACAAGACCCAGGUGGUGGGAGUGAAACCAUUUGCUCACGUGCAGCCUGUUUGUUACUCACCGCUAGCUGCACGUUACUGCCUGCGAGAGGGAGAACCGUCCUUCCCACCAUCUGUCCUGUUUCCUUCUCUAUCAUUUUGCAUUUCAGUCCCUUUUCAUCCACAAAUAAAACCUCGACCCCCACGUGGCCAGGCCGGCCGAGGCCCUGGACCCCCCUGGGAGACCGUCCGUGUUUUACAGGCACAGCCUGCGGGUGGGGCGUCAUUCUUCCUUCGUGGGAGCAGCACAGUGAGGCUGAGCGGGCUGUGGGCGGGGGAGCGUCACCGCCCUGCACUCCCUGUCCAGGUGCCGGGAAGAUGUUUGACAUCAGGAUCAUGACGGCCAUCGGGGUCGCCUUGCUAAUUGCCAUAGUCCUGCUGAUGUUCUGUGUCACCAGCCUUCUGUUCAAACUGACCAGCAUAUUGAAAGCUCCAAAGCUACCGAUGUGUUUGGUCUUAAAAAGUUACCCGUCCAUGGUCACCAGGGACAAGAUCGCCGCAGCCUCGUCCAUCACCGCCAGCUGCUACCCUGGCCUCCAGCUCUACGACGAGUGUCAGCUGUGCAAUGACUCCAAGUCCCUGCCGCCCGGCUUCUGCGACGUGAGCGAGGGGCUCUGACCGGCGGGCACUGAGCCUGCAGGAGUGACCUUUCUUAGCAGAACGUUUUAUUCGAGUUGCUUUAUAGUGUUCCCACUGUGUUAUGUGCUACAGGACAUUCGUGUGCUUUUGAAUAAAUGCAGAAUUGAAAAUACCCGCUCCGGCUCGGGGAUGUUUGGUGUCGUUAGUGAGCCAUGUACUGGAAUUGGGCAUCACCCACUUUGGGACGUGGAGCAACCAGCUCGUAAUGUUGCGUGCAGCAUAGGCGGGCGGGAGCAAGAACUAAAAAGGCACGUCGGCGAUUUGACAG